AUGUCGGUUCGAUCGCUUCACCCACAUCCAAGUGUGGCCCGUAUCCUGGAGAGACCUUCUGGAGGCACAAGUUAGUUUCUUUGUGAUUCCAAACUUUUCCCGACAAGUUUCAGUUAUGAACAGCGGCGGAACUCGAGUUUUCACCACUGGAAACUUCAAUUCUGGAUUGGCUAGUUAUGGCCAGUUCUGCACUCUUAACAUUCGCGACAACCGUGAGCAGGAAAAGCGAGAACUUACGGAGUUGAACAACAGAUUGGCCAGAUACAUUGAAAAAGUACUUUCCAGACUUUUGAUAAAAAAACAAAAUCAAAUAUUCAGUCACGAUUCCUUCAAGCACAAAAUCGAAUCCUCCAAGCCGACAUUGAUCUUUUCCGCAAUGGAGCUGCUCUACACGCCCAACGAAUGUCUGUGGUUUUUGAAGCUGAGGAAAAAGUUAAUGACUUCAUGUUAAUCAUAUAACGUGGAUUUUUAGUCCAUUCACACUUUGAUCAGAGAAGUUGAUUCAAAAAGAACCGUCCAUCAGAAAAAUGUCAACACCACUCUUGGAGAGAUUGAAGUUGAGAAAAGGAGGUUGAAUAUUUCAAAAAUAUAGUUGAGUUUCACAGAUCUUUUUAGGUAUGCCGAGUCCAUGGAUCAGCACCAAAGACGCCGGGAGGCUGAUCGGGAGCAGAUGAGACAACUUUCUCAACUAGAAGCUGAGGUGAUGAAUUGAUACCGAGAAUUUGAAAAAAAAAGGCAACUGUGGCAGGGGCGAAAGUUCAGAGUUAGGAAACGUUCUGAAAAAGUUCAGAAUAUUGUAGAACAGAACAAAGCGAACUUAAAAGACAGAUUUCGGAAAAAGUGUAAAAAUUUAAUAAGUCUCGAAAAUAAUCGAUGAAUAAUUUGGUGGUUUUUAAUGUUUCUGGAAGCACACUUAGUUUUUUUCUCUAAACUUCUUAUCCUCAUUGAGAAUAGUUCAAAAAUUAUAAAAAUUUACUUCAGGUCGCUUUCAUGAAACGACAGAGAGCAGAGGCUGAAGGAGAAGUCACUCGAAUAAAAUCUCUAAAUUCCAGAGUUCGAGCCGAAAUCGCUAGAGUCAAGGCGGUAAGUUCCAGUUUUUUUAAGUGUUCUCUACGAAUAUUUUUAGCUCCGCGAUAAGGAGAGAAGCGGCCUCGGAGGCUUCAGCGGGAAAGCAAAUGACCUUCUGGCAAGAAUCAAAGCGUCCACCGCUCAACAUGAGCUGGUGAAAAACAUUACUGAGAGUUGAAACGGUAAUCAUGGGUUCAGAAAAUCCGCGAAGAAAUCGCAAGUUUGCGCAAGGACACAACUCCAGCCAAUCGUGAAUAUUUCCACAGGGAACUUCAUGCCGCUCUUAGAGAAAUUCGUGAUCGUUAUGAGAAGGUAAUACAUCUUGAGUUUAUUUGAUAGGAUUUUUAACCCUUUUCCAGAUUUCUCGAGCCUCCCGAGCUGAAUGGGAGGAGUGGUACAAGAAGAAGCUUGUCGAGAUCAAGCUUGAGUCGGAAUCUCACACCAAACAGUAUUCAGCUUCAAGGGUUUAGAUAAAAACAGAUCUGAAGAGAUUCCAAGUUUUAUCUUUAGGAAGAAGUUAUCAGGAUCCGAACAACCCUCUCCGAAAUGCGCGAGAGACUCUCCGACUUGGAAGCUCGGGUUAGUCAUUUAAGACCAACAGAUCAUUCAUGGGAUUUUUUUCAGAACCAACAGCUCAUCAAGAAGCUGGCAGACCUUCGAUUCCAAGAAGAAGAAGACCUGCGACUUUUCGAAACCUCACUCACCGAGAAAGAAGCUGCUGUGCAGAAAAUGCGUGCCGAAUGCACGGCUCUUACUGUUCAAGUCGACAUUCUCUGCGAUAAUAACACUGUAAUAAUCAUUUUCUUCAUAAUUUGACCGAGGCGCAAUAUGCUUCUAACUAAAAAAAAAGACAUUGAAAACCAGUGAACUCAAUUGAAGUUCACAAUUUGCUUUUUUUUACAUUUUUUUUCUGCAACGCGUAAGUAGUUUUUGGUCAGGCGCAAAGUGUAAAUGACCGCUUUGCUUCGUUUAGCGUAACCUGGAUACCCAAAAAAAACAAAAACGAAUAUAAACUAUUUUUUUCAGUCCCUCAAACUGGAAAUCACGACCUACCGCAAACUCAUGGAACAAGCCGAACACCUUCGUCUCAAAACCCAGGAAAUCACCUUCGAUUCCUCUCUUACUCGCUCUCAUGACAUUGGAACUGGCGUCAGCGUUGGCUCUCUUCACAGUAAUAUUAAAUUAUCAUGAUGAACAUACAACAAAUCGAAAUUUCUAGGAAUUGGAAGUGGCAUUGGCGUUAGUUCUCUUCUGCAGAGUAGGAAAACGAUACAUUUUCAUAGAAAUGAAAUCUUUGAACUUUUAGAAGCUGAUAACUUCAUCACGGAAAUUCGUUCGGCCCACACCUCCACCGAUUUCCAGCGCUCCCAUCAGGGCGACAUUUAUAUCUCGGUUAGUUUACGUUAAAUGAAAAAAAGUGUAAUAAGGUUUAAACAGCUUUCGAGUGAAAUUAGAUGAAAUAUCGUUUUUCGCCACUAGAAAAUAUUUGACGUUUCUGCACUUCCUGUUUUACAAUCAUCAGGGGUUAGAAAACUUUUUAAAGCUCUUUUUUUGAUCGAACUCAAACAAAGAGGCCUACACUGCCGAAAUCGGAGGCGCGGAAAACGGAUGGAAAAAGGUAGUGACUGCAAAACUGGCCGUUCAGAGGGUUCCGUUUUGCGGCCUUUAUUGAGCCUUUCAUUUUUUGUGGGCUGAAAAACUUCAAAAAGGGUGAAAAAAGAGUGAGAGCCCAAAAAGAGUUAAGAAAGAGUGAGGGAGCAAAGAGGGUGCUGAAAGCCUCGAUCAUUGAUGAUUACCGAUUUCAUUAUUGUAGCACAUCCCGGUUCAUACACGAUCACUGGUAGAGGUUAUUCUGAAUUAAAAAAUUUUUUUUUAUUCAAAAAGAAGCAAAAGGGCGGAAGAAGGGCCGAUUAAAAAACGAAAAAAUGCAGUAAAAGGAUGCCGUUGCCACCCGCUCAGGAACAACUAAUGUAAACCUUUUGCAUCCAUAACGGACGAUCAAUUUGUCUAUGUGGGUGCUCCAAAUAGCUCUGAAUAGAAGAAAUCUUCCUGCAAAACCCGAAAAAAUGAGAUCUUAAACUUAUAUGUGGACUGUCAUCUUAGAAUAAAUGUUAUUUUGAAGGUUCAUGAGGUUUACGAUUUUUAAGGAGCACUCUCCUGACGGCAAGUCGAUCACGGUAGUCAACCUCAGCACGAUCCGAUCCCACGAUUUGUCCAACUGGAGGCUCGUCCAUUAUGUGAAGGGAGCCGAAGUCGCAUCCUUCACUUUCCCAGUUUCCACCCACAUUCAACCGGAUCAAGCCUUCAAGGUAACUUGAAAUCCAAAGUAGUCAUUAUUUUUCUCUCUUCAGGUGUACGCCAGAGGCCAGGGCAAACCAUACAGCGCCACGACGUUCGUCUGCAACGAUGUGGCCGAGUUCACGUUUGGAAGUGAUGCCAAGACGUCACUUUACAAUUCUGCCUAUGAGGUGGGCUCUUAUCUUUGGUAUUUUAAUCUCAGGAAUGCGAAAGGUUGGAAAAUGAGUAGAUUUUUAAGGUAUUAGGGGGAUUACGAUUGGAAAAAGCAUAUAUAAUUAUUAGGUUAUCAAUUUUUUUCGGCUUUGUAGUUUCACAAAAAGGCUCGACUCUCAAAAAUAUCAGAUCUUUGGUUCUUCGAAUCACUUAAAAAAACGAUAAAAGCAAUUGAAAUCAGUGAAGAUAGCAUUUUUUUCUACUAUUUCUCAAUGUUUUCAAGUUUAGUUUGGAUUUUCCUAAAAAGAUAGGUUGAUAAUUUUUUUCACUUUACAAAAAAGGUGCUAUCUUUUUUUAGCCUUAACAGGAAAGAAAAGUAAAUGUAUUCCAAAAAAAAAACAAGAAAAAAAUUUUUCAGGAAGUCGCUUGGUACGCUCAUCACACCUACAACCACUAA